AACGAAAAGCAUUCACGAGAUCAUUCGAAUUUUAACAAACCCCAGUGCAGCACGUAGGAAGGCACGUCCUAGGUGAUAAAAUAUGUUUCCCCGUGCAAUAGUCGGUUUUCGUCAUUCUUCCUACAGUUUAGGUAAAAAUGCACUGUCGAGAACGAUUACGAAAGCUGACUCCAUCAAGCAAGUGACGACAGUUCCUACGAGAUAUUUUGGCAUUACUGCAACGGUUCAGCGAGCCAACGAAAGUUUCGAUGAUUUCCGUGCCCGCGAGGAGAAGAAAGAGCAGGAAUAUGCGAAACAACAGCAGGCGACCGGUACCAACAGCAGUAGUGGCAGCAGUUCCAGCUCUACACAUACUGACACAUUUUCAUCCACAACGGACGAUCACCAAUCGGCAGAUCCUGCUGUGGAACGCACAAAGGAAAUGAUCCUGGAUGCAGCAUUAGAGUUUGUGCAAUCAUACGGCUGGUCGAAACAGGCCAUUGCGAAAGGUGCCGAAACAGUAAACUAUCCUAGCGUUAGUCACGGACUGUUCCCCCGGGGAGGGAUCGAGCUGGUGCACCAUUUCUACAAGCAAUGCAAUCUAAAGCUCAUCGACUACCUCAAGCAAGAGACGGCGGAGGUGGAAAAAGUCGCCAACCCAUCGGACUUUGCCCGCAAAGCGAUUGAAUUUCGACUUCGUCUUCUCGAACCAUACCUAAAGUAUUGGCCACAGGCACUCGGGCUUAUGGCGCUGCCACCGAACGCACCACACUCGUUAGCUAACGUGCUAACGCUGGUGGACGAUAUUUGCUACUAUGCCGGUGAUCGUUCGGUUGAUUUCAACUGGUACACGCGACGUAUAGGACUUGCGUGUAUCUACAAAACCACGGAACUGUACAUGCUACAGGAUUCUUCGGCAGGAUUCGAAAAAACGUGGAAAUUUCUCGAACGCCGAAUGGAAGAGGCUAGCUUAGUGCAUGAUUUUCUUGUGAAAUCGGAAGAUGCCACGCAUCAUCUACAAAAUGCCGUAGGUUCGGCUUUCACAACGGUAAGAGGCAAUAUUGUUAAGUAA